GAGUAACGUAACAAUAGAGGACUCAUGAAUCAGAGCCGAUAACGAGCUAGAGACCCGCGCCGCGGUGCUCCGAUCAGUCCGCGGCGACCUCUGACCGCGACGGUCGGUGUGACCUGCCACCUCCUGCCACCUCUCGACAUGGAUCUGCAGUUAACUCAGUCUUGGUUACAAAACAUAGCCCUCAUCGCAGCAGGAGGGAGCGGUGUGGGCAGCGUGGGCACCGUGGGCGGCGUCGGUAGUGUGGGCGGUGUGGGUGGCGUGGGCGGUGUGGGCGGUCUGUCCCAGAACAUGGUGAUGGGAUCUUGGUGCGCCUACGAUGCCCUCCAAAGACCUCCAGCUUACGAUGGAGUGCUGGAGGCGUACGAGGAGGGUCGCGAGUGUGUGAACUGCGGCGCCAACAACACGCCGCUGUGGCGCCGCGACUCCACCGGCCACUACCUAUGCAACGCGUGCGGUCUCUACCACAAGAUCAACGGAGUGAACCGGCCGCUCGUGAAGCCGAGCAAGCGGCUGUCAGCGGCUCGUCGACACGGUCAGAGCUGCACCAACUGUGGCUCCAGGAACACGACCCUCUGGAGGAGGAACAACGAGGGCGAGCCCGUCUGUAACGCGUGUGGACUCUACUACAAGCUCCAUGGAAUCAAUAGACCUCUGGCUAUGAGGAAAGAUGGAAUACAAACCAGGAAACGUAAGCCGAAGAAAUCGGCGAACGGCGUGAAGCCUUCCCCGGAGACGGCCAAGAAGGACGAGCAGACGUCACCGGGAGUGGACGAGAGCAAGCCCAGUAUACCAGAGGUUCCGUUGCCUCUGACAGCUACCCUAUCGGGGCACUCCUCGAGCAAGUCCCGCGAGCCUCUCGGUGCUACGCCCUCGCCGCACGCACACAGUCACUCGCACUCUCACGCACACUCACACACACACUCCCACACACACUCGCAGAACUCUCAGUAUCCCCUGGCGUUGCCCUCUGCCCCCGCAUUCCUCUCCAACCCGUCGCUGUUCAACAUCAAGAGCGAACCGAACGCAGCCUCCGGCUACGAGGGCUACGGCUCGCACGCCGCCUCUAACGGCCCGUAUCACUCUCAACAGCACUACCUGCACGCCUUACAGUACGGCCUGGGCGGUGCUGAGGAGGAGGAGGGCAGCGGGUUCCUUCAUCAGCGGAACGUGACCGCACACGCCAAGCUCAUGGCCUCCACGUAGCGCGCUCAGGAGUCAGGACACACGGACGACGAGCGAGUGAGACAGAAAGAUAUACCUGUCCCCUCUUAUGUGUUUUGUCCAAAUAAUAUGGAAGAUUCCGGUCGUAGAGUGAGUUAGACGAACACGUGUAGUUGAUUUAAAUACUAGACUUCUUGGUUGAGACUAGUCAUUUGAAGAUGAAUUCCGACGUCGGAGCACAGCACUAAGGUUUUGAGUCUAAUAAUAUUUGUAUGGCUGUAUGGCGUGUUUCAGUUCUAAGAAUUAAUGAUAAGUAGUAGGGAGAUGUCAGAGAGAGUUUAACUUGUACAUAUUAUAUUAGCUUUAAGUAUUGACUGAAUUUUAGUCACUGAUGUAUUUAUGGAGGCAUAGUUAAAGUUACUUCUAGUUCUAUGGUUUCCUUUUCGUUUGAGCUGGUGGGUCUUGAGACCCGUCCUCCGGCACGACACUAACUUCUGUCUUCAGAACCGUGUCUGGAAAUAUUUCAACAAUGGAGUGAGACUGUAGUCGCUUUGGAUGCGAUAACCGAAUCCAUUUAGUUCUCAUGUUUUUAGACGAGUUAUAAAUAGUAUUUUACCUUAACGAUAACUAGUAGAGUAUAAAGUACGACCAACACAGUACACGCUGCACUUAUUGUUAAUAUUUAAGACUAGCAUCAAAAGAAUGGCAUUUAUUGUUAGUGUAAAUAUUUGUAGAUAAAAACUUAACAAAGUAGUGAGUAAUGAAUGUUUCGAUCGAUUUCUGUUUCUCCUUUCUAAAUGUAAUCUCCUGUCAGAGCUGUUUGUAAAUUUAUUAAACAUGUACAAUAUAAUAUUAAACAUUGGAGCACA